UCCCCCCUCUGACCCCUUUUCCUGCUGUUCCCCCAGGCGGAUCCCUCUGGAUUCAGCUCCGUCCCUGCAGAUCCAGCACCCGCCCAACUCGGGGGGUCCCGAAUUUGGGGGCAAGCCCGGCCCUGUCUCCCCCCCCUUCCUGCCCCAGUGGCCCCUUCAGGAGGAGGAAGAGGAGGAAGAGGAGGAGGAGGAGAAGAAGGAAUGGCGGCGCCGUGGCGGGCGAGUCUCCUGGCCUGCGAGGGGCUCUCGGGCGUCUGCCUCGUCCCCACCGUCGCCAGCAAGAAGAUGAUGCCCAAAUCCGGCGGGAAACCGGACGGGAACCGGGAACGGGGCUCCAGCCCUGACCUCCUGUCCCUCCGCCAGGACCCCGACAAGCCCCGUGCCCGCAAGGACGAUGAUGCUCCUGAGGCCUCCAACCCCAAGAAAUCCAUGAAAAAGAUGGUGGUGAUCGAGCAAAACGGCUCCUUCCAGCUCAAGAACUUCAUCUGCGACCACUGUUUCGGCGCCUUCCGGAGCAGCUACCACCUCAAACGGCACAUCCUCAUCCACACCGGGGAGAAGCCGUUCGAGUGUGACAUGUGCGACAUGCGCUUCAUCCAGAAGUACCACCUGGAGCGGCACAAGCGCGUGCACAGCGGGGAGAAGCCGUACCAGUGCGAGCGCUGCAUGCAGAGCUUCUCCCGCACGGACCGGCUGCUCCGACACAAGCGCAUGUGCCAAGGCUGCCAGACCAAGACCCCGCCCGACUCGCAGCUCCUGCUGUGAAAAUCUGGGAAUGCCGGGAAAUUCAGGGGGUGCGGGAGGGGGGUGUUUCUUCCUGCACCCCCCCACAUCACCAUGCUCUGCCUCACCUGGAUUUCUCACCCCUCUAAGGAUGGGGAAGAAUGCAAGCGCUGCCAGCAUGAAAAAACUUGGAUCGUUCCUGCCCUCCGGCCUAAAAACUUGGAUUAUGAUCCCAAAAAUCCUCCUGGAAUCUUCAAGUGGCCCCCCCGGCCAUCGUUAUAGCCCUGAAUCCACCCCUCCCCCUCUUAGGAAAGACUGGGAACCCCCAAACUGCCUGAAAUCCUGGGAUGCCUGUGCACAGGUAGGAGGGUCCCACUGGGAACAGCAGCAUCAAUCCCUCUCUUCUUUGGGUAAAGGAGGAAAACUGAACAUGUUGGGGGGGGGCUCAGCUUGGGGGGGGUGCACCCCCUUUUUUUUUUGGAAAAUAGGAAAAACAAAGGAAUUGGGCCCCCCCCACCUUGAGCAGCGCAUCCUGUGGGACACUCAGCAGCACUUCCCAUUUCCUCUGGAACUCCUUCACAUUUUGGGGGGGCUUCCCCUACUUCCACAUAGUUUUGGGGUGCUGCCUAUGUCCCCCCAUGCUGGGAGGUCUGCGCCCUAGGUGAGGGCGAGGAAGGGGGGGCAAGGGGACCCCAUUUCUGGGGAAACCCUGCUCCAAGGGAAAGGAAAAGCCCCGGAUCAGGGGCAGGGUGAGGGGGGCAGGAGCAGCCCCCAAAGACCACGAGGUGGGCCCUGCUCUUCCCCCCAUUUUGGGGGGGUCCCUGUCCCCCCAUCACAGACUGCUCCAAGGGGCAAGAGAGAUGAGUUUGCCCCCCC